AUGAAGGCCAAGAGGCUCUUCAGUGUCAAGGACCGGGAGAAGGACAAACAUGGCUCUCACCGCAGGAACAAGUCGUCAGAGCCGGGCCAUAAGAACCACUCUCUGUCUGCCGACAACUUCUUCUCGCUCUUCAAGUCUGACGCCUCCCGCCAAAUAAACAGCAGCCACGAAGAUAAAGCUAAGAUUGAGGACGUAUUGCAGCUCCUUGCCGAAGACAACCCCGAAUAUACCAAGCACAGCAUUUCUCCCGACCACAUUCGCCAAGUCCUCCACAGCUAUUAUGCGGUUGGUGAUGUCAGGAAAGCCGCCGAAUUCAUACAGAUGCAGAGCGAUGCGAGUGCUGGCAAGAUCUACCCAUACAACCCUAAUGUGCAGAUGAGCGGCGCCGAGAACAGGGAGGCUGUGACCUGUUACCUGGACUCUUUACUCUUCUCCAUGUUCGCACGGAUGGACGCUUACGAAGGCAUGCUCAAGCAUGAAUUCACCGACGAACCGCGGCGGAAGUUGGUCACGCUUUUGCGACUCUGGGUCAAUAUGCUGCGGUCGGGCAAGUUGAUUUAUACAGACAUGACGAAACUUAUACAAGACAGCCUCGCUGAGUGCGGAUGGCAAGACGCCAAAGAGCUGGAGCAGCAGGAUACAUCCGAGGCUUUUGCUUUCAUCACGGAAACCUUGCAGCUACCCUUGCUACAACUACAAGUCGACCUAUUCCACCAGGGCAAAAACGACGAUGAUGACCACAAGAUAGUCAACGAACGUCUUCUCAAUCUCGCUGUACCCCCAGAUCCAGAGGGCAAGGGACUUCGUCUCGAGGAUUGUUUAGAGGAAUACUUCAACACGCAAGUCGAUGUCCUCCGAGACAGCAACCAGGAGGAGAAGAGAGACGCAAGACGGCCGACAACGCCGACGGAGACUGUCCAUGGCUUGAUCAGCGGAGAGACGGCCGGAUCUUCGAGACCUACCGCUAGACACCGUUCCACUAGCGUGAUUCAGCAUGUUCUCGUGGACGGAAAAGGUCGACCAGCGGAAACGGACAACUCCUCCCUGCUCGAGAGGGCACGACGCAAGAGCUCGACCGUUGUCAAGGCUGUGACUAUUCCAGCGUGGCAGUUCUUCCGACUGAUUCCUUGGCACUCUGCAGGAAAUAGCGAGCCUCAGAAUGACCAGGACGUGGCGGUCAAAUUCUCUCAAAGGCCAGUAGUCGGCAUCUGCUUGAAGCGCUACGGCCUUUCCGAUAGAAUGGUCCCGCAACGCCUCAAUACAUUUAUCGAUAUCCCAGACAGUCUGCGUCUGCCACACUUUAUGCUAGCGGACGAAAAGCACCUAGAAGAGGACCCGAAUGGGUUUAGUACGGAGUACAAGCUCGUGCUGCAGUCGGUGGUCUGCCACAGGGGUGAGUCUGUGAAUAGCGGCCACUACAUUGCAUUCUCCCGAGUUGCGCCAAAGCUCCUCACGGAUAACCGAAGACACGAUCUCGAUCCACCUCCGGAUUAUGAGGAGGCGCAAUGGGCUAAAUUUGACGACCUCCAUAUCGAAAGCCGAGUCACGUAUGUUGAUGAUAUCAAACAAUCGAUCAAAGAAGAGAUGCCGUAUCUUCUCUUCUACCAGAUUGUACCCAUGAUGGAAGUAGUAUCUGCGGACGAAACUGAAACGGAACCACCUUCCUAUGCAGACUCGAAAGCAAGCAUCGCCACAUCGACAGAUCCUAGUCUGGCUGACAGCGGGCAUCUGGGAACUGCUGGGUCUUCCAGCGGUGAUUACUUCGAGAAAGCGACAAAGACGCAGGCCCCGAGCAUUCGAUUCUCGUCAGAUAUAGAGCGGCCCAGCCGUGACAGCAUCGACGACUUGGACCCACACUCCAAGGACUCGCGGCGCACGAGCAUCAAUCCGCUUGAGUCCGUAAUUGGUACGCCAGGGAGAACGCCCGAUACCGCAUCUCCGGCAAUCACGCCGAAUGAAGAGACGACGCGUGAGCGCUUCUCACGCGCGGCUGCCUUGUUCUCGAACAAGUCUAGGAGUCGCCCCCCUAGUCAGGCGGGCGAAGGCCGCAUCAGCCUUACGAUGGGCCGUCUCGGCGGCUUCAUGCGGCCAAGCAAGGAGAUAUUGCGAAGACGGCAAUCCAUCGGUCAUAUGUCAGCGCGCCGCCCCACGCCCAGGAAGCACAGGCACGAGCACGGACACAAGCGCGGCAAAUCCAAGGUCAAGGGCGUACAGCCUGAGCGAGAGUGCAUUCUUAUGUAG